CUUCUUCCACAUGGUCUUCUCCCAACAUUUUCCGACACUCGCUGAGCAAUUCUAUCAUGACGUUGUGUGUAAUGGGAUGAUUGCUGCCUGGUGAUAAGAACUGAUAAUCGUGGUGUUAUUUUUCCUUUGUCGCACGGUUUCGGAGUUUCCAGCGUUCAUGCUGGUGGAUCUCUUCGGUGAAUCUUGGACUGCUGCUGCUCCCUGAAUUAUUUCUGUGCCCCAUGUGACCGUACGGACUCAAACCAUGUCAGAACCAGGGAAUCCUGGGUUUCAUCAACUCAGUGUGACAAUUGAAUGCGCACAUCUGAAAAGUUCUGGUGGUUUUCUAAAACCCAACCCAUAUGUGGAACUGGCUAUAGAUGACAAGGCGCCACGAAAGACUGAGGUAGUUAAGUGCACAAUACAACCAAAAUGGAAUGAGGAAUUCACUGUGCUGGUCACUCCUCACUCGCUGCUUCACUACCGUGUGUUGGAUCAUAACUCCUUUCGAAAAGACUCAAUUUUGGGUGAAAAGCGCAUAUGUUUAUAUGAUAUAUUGCAUAUGUGUAAUGGAAGAUGUGAAUAUUUAGAAAUUACGUUAGAUCUAUACAGAGGUUCCCCAGCUGAUAGUCAAAAUGUUGCUGCGGUGAAAGUUGGGGAGUUAAUCACACUUAUGCACGGCCUGAGAAUAGACAUGGGCUUUGUCAAUGCACCGACAGCUGUUCAACCUUCCCUUCCUUCGACCAGAUUAGGUGAUACAGUUUCAAGAAACUCUGGCUCAUGUUCUACCAAUGGUGAGGCAGGAGGAGUUAGGGGUGGUUUAAACGGUGUCCGAUUUAGAAUUCGUCCUCAUGGUAAUGGAAGUAAUAUUCCUAAUGGGAGCAGCCAGGCUCCAGUUCGGCAAGUUCCAGGGGCUCAUUCCCACCCAAUAACCCAUGCAGAUCUAUCCACCCUAGCGGCUCGAGCUGCUGCUGCUGUUGCUGCUGCUUCUCAGAUGUCUCAGGAGCAAGCACAAGCUCAGGCUGUGACCCAUCCUCAUCACCCUGUGAAUGGUGCAGGAGCUGUACAUCCUCCAGAGCAUCCUGCUGAAGGGGAGUCCAAUGCUAGUCCUAGUACCAGUGCCGCAACCAUGCCAAACGGAGUUGCACCUGUUGGUGCUGGUGCAACUGGGCCGUGUGUAGACGUGGAGGCCAGAGUCCCUGGUUCCACAGCAACAGUUGAAGAACCUCUACCAGCUGGGUGGGAAAUGCGCUAUGAUGUGUAUGGGCGAAGAUAUUAUGUGGACCACAAUACCCGAAGCACCUCAUGGGAAAGGCCUCAACCCUUGCCCCCUGGGUGGGAAAUUCGCCGCGAUCAGAGAGGGCGCAUAUAUUAUGUGGACCACAAUACUAGGACUACAACUUGGCAAAGACCUUCAACAGAGCGGUUGCAGCAUUACCAGCAUUGGCAGGGCCAGAGAGAUCACGUCAUGACUCAGGGCAAUCAGCGCUUCUUGUAUCCUCAGAACCCAACUACUCCUCAUGCUGAUUUAACUGCUAUUGCUGAGGAGGAAGAUGCUUUGGGACCACUCCCUGAAGGCUGGGAGAAACGGGUUGGCCCUGAAGGAAGACCUUACUUCUGCAACCACAAAAACCGCGUGACGCAAUGGGAGGACCCGCGGACGCAAGGGGAAGAAAUGGGUGCUGAUGAGCCACCACUCCCAGCAGGAUGGGAAAUCAGACUUACCGAAGACCAUGUCCGUUACUUUGUGGACCACAACAAAAAGACAACAACAUUCCAAGACCCUCGCCCUGGUGCCCCUAAAGGAAUGCCUGUAGGUGCAUAUGGCGUUCCAAGAGCUUAUGAGCGUUCCUUUAGGUGGAAAAUUAGUCAGUUCCGCUAUCUGUGUCAAAAUAAUGCUUUUCCCAGCCACAUCAAAAUUUCUGUUGCUCGUCAGACUUUGUUUGAAGAUUCUUAUCAUCAAAUAAUGAGACUUCCUCCUUAUGAGCUGAGGAAAAGAUUGUACAUCAUCUUCAGAGGAGAGGAGGGCUUGGAUUAUGGAGGUGUUUCAAGGGAAUGGUUUUUCAUGCUAUCUCAUGAGGUCCUCAACCCUAUGUACUGCUUAUUCGAGUAUGCCAACAAGAGCAACUACUCCCUCCAGAUUAACCCAGCUUCAUAUGUGAAUCCAGACCAUCUUUUGUAUUUCAAAUUCAUUGGCAGAUUCAUUGCAAUGGCACUCUAUCAUGGGCGCUUCAUCUACUCUGGGUUCACUAUGCCAUUUUAUAAACGCAUGUUGAACAAGCAGCUUAUCAUGAAAGAUAUCGAAUCAAUUGAUCCAGAGUUUUACAAUUCUUUGGUAUGGAUUCGUGACAAUAACAUUGAUGAGUGCGGGCUAGAGCUUUAUUUCAGUGUAGACUUUGAAGUUUUGGGACAAGUUAUGCAUCAUGAACUUAAGGAAAAUGGAGAUAAGGUUCGAGUGUGUGAAGAAAACAAAGAGGAGUACAUGAGACUGAUGACUGAAUGGCGAAUGACACGGGGCAUAGAGGAUCAAACCAAUUAUUUCCUGCAAGGCUUUGAUGAAGUUGUGCCUCUAGUUUGGCUGAAAUACUUUGAUGAGCGGGAGUUAGAAUUAAUGUUGUGUGGCAUGCAGGAAGUAGAUGUCGACGAUUGGCAAAGAAAUACUAUCUACAGACAUUACACCAGAUCGUCAAAGCAAGUGGUUUGGUUCUGGCAGUUUGUUCGUCAAACAGACAAUGAGAAAAGGGCUCGUCUGCUCCAAUUUGUUACUGGAACAUGCCGUGUACCAGUUGGAGGUUUCGCAGAACUUAUGGGGAGUAAUGGUCCUCAAAGAUUUUGUAUUGAGAAGGUUGGCAAAGACACGUGGUUACCUCGCUCUCACACCUGUUUCAAUCGGCUUGACCUACCCCCUUACAAGAGCUAUGAACAGUUAGUUGAAAAGCUCAUCUAUGCCAUAGAAGAAACUGAAGGCUUCGGUCAAGAAUGA